AUGAUCGCUGCUCGUGCUUCUUUCGCUGGCAAGGCCGUGGCUGCCCGCCCGGUCGCGGCUCGCCGGGCCGGCCGCGCCUCGGUGAAGGUGAACGCCUACUCCGUGACGCUGAAGACCCCGGACGGCGACCAGACGAUCGAGGUGCCGGAGGACACCUACAUCCUGGACGCCGCUGAGGAGGCCGGCAUCGACCUGCCGUACUCGUGCCGCGCGGGCGCCUGCUCGUCGUGCUGCGGCAAGGUUGCCUCGGGCACGGUCGACCAGAGCGACCAGUCCUUCCUGGACGACGAGCAGAUGGGCAACGGCUUCGUCCUGACGUGCGUGGCCUACGCCACCUCGGACUGCACGAUCGAGACCCACAAGGAGGAGGACCUCUUCUAA